CUUUUUUACUUCCCACUCUGAUUAAGUGCAGGAUUAUGUUGAAUUACGAUUCUGAACAUUGAAUACUUUCUUUACAGAAAAGCAAAGAUAUAUCUCCAGUACUCGCUUCCAUCAGUUCUUCUCAGUGUGUGCGGGGGGAGAAUUUCAUCUAUUGGUUUACACUAGCCUACACACAUGCGUGGUCUUUUGUAUUUUCUCCUCUUCGUCCUGACACAGGUGUGUUCCAGCUCAACAAAGGUCAUUGGCCUCUUCGGGCACAAUGUCACCCUACCCUGUGUGUAUGACUUCCAAACUCAUGGCGUCGUCAGCUUCUGUUGGGGACGAGGGAAGGUGCCCUGGUCCAAGUGCUCCAACACAGUCCUCUCCUCACAGGACAGCGCUGUAGACAUAAGACAGUCCCCCAGGUACCAGCUGCUAGGCAGGGUGACGGACGGAGACGUGUCCCUGACCAUCCUGAACGCUGAGCUGAGUGAUGCUGGUGUGUACGGCUGCCGGGUGGAGAUCCCCGGUUGGCUCAAUGACCAUAAGGUCAACACACAACUGGUCCUGGAGGAAGCUCCCGAGGUACAAGCUGUCACAGAGGACCGGACAUUUACGUCUGCUGAGGCACAAGAAACCUUGACAACGUCUGAGUCUACUAAUACAGAAGAUGAUGAGCCAAUAUGUGGGAAGAAUAGCAUUGCAACAUCAGAGGAAGAAUUCAAAGCGUUCCUGGGAGUGGGGAACUUCGGCCGGGUUGCAGCUAUUUUCUUCCUCUCCAUAAUCGUAAUCCUCGUCUUUAUUUUCCGGAAAGGAUUUCUGCCGAGGAGGACACUUGAACAUCUCAACACCUCCGCAGCUGAGAACAUUUAUGAGAGUGUGCCUUGAGAGACCGUCGUUAUUAAGAACAAAGGAGUCUAUGUAUGUCUAUAAGGCAUAGCUAAUUGAAUAUCUGUUUGCCUUUAGCCGACUUUAUCCUCAGUUUUAGAGAGAAACGUUUGAACUACUAUCUGUCAAUCAGCAAAAAGGCAUACGUAUAUAGAAGCAGCUUACAGUCUCACCGUUCUCAGAUUGCACAGAGAAAGGCUAAUGUGUCACAUAUGUGCCUGAGAGAUACAAAAAUAUCUUGUGGAUUUAUUAAUUUGCCCUUUAUCUUCAGUUUUUCGUGGCAGACGGCGCAUUCAAGCUGGUGGAGAGUUUAUACUUGUGGACAUAACGCCACCUAAUGGACUUUUACAUAAUAAGUCAAACAGAGAAGGUUUAACCUUUUUAAAUGAGACGCUUUAACACAGUCUGUUUGAGACAGAGUGAGGACAGUGUGAGAGACUCUUCUUAUUGUUUAUAUUUACAAAGAAGGUAGAUGUCUCUUGUGAAUUGUGUAUAAAAAAAACUUCAGAAUAAAAUCAAAGUUAUGAAAAAAUAA